UGUGCCCCCCAAUCUUUUAUUUGUUAGUAUUUAAAGAACAGUCGGGCAAGCAAGUUGGGCGCUUUUGAACGUUAAAAAGCGGACGGCAAGAGGAAAGCGUAUUAUAAAAUUACCACUUAAUUGGCUAAGCAGAAAAGGAAACGGAACUACGUUUGGGAACAGUCGACACCACCAGCUAAAAAAAUGCCCGUCUUUCACACAAAAACCAUUGAGAGCAUAUUAGAUCCUGUCGCACAGCAGGUAUCUCGCUUGGUUAUACUACAUGAGGAGGCGGAGGAUGGCAACGCCAUGCCCGACCUCAGUCGGCCGGUCCAGGUGGUAUCGGCCGCGGUGGCCAAUUUGAUAAAAGUGGGCCGUGAAACUAUCAACAGCUCGGACGACAAGAUCCUCAAGCAGGAUAUGCCCUCAGCAUUGCAUCGCGUCGAGACUGCCUCGCAGUUGCUCGAGGAGGCUUCCGAUAUGUUGCGAGCCGAUCCCUAUUCGGGACCUGCGCGCAAGAAGCUGAUUGAGGGAAGCCGCGGCAUACUGCAAGGCACCUCGUCGCUGUUGCUCUGCUUUGAUGAGAGCGAGGUGCGCAAGAUCAUACAGGAGUGCAAGCGUGUGCUGGACUAUCUGGCCGUGGCAGAGGUCAUCAAUACCAUGGAGGAAUUGGUGCAAUUUCUCAAGGAUCUAUCACCUUGCCUGAGCAAAGUCUCCCGCGAAGUGAGCGCUCGAGAGAAGGAGUUGACGCAUCAGGUGCAUAGCGAGAUUUUGGUACGCUGUCUGGAGCAGGUGAAGACCCUGGCACCCAUACUUAUUUGCAGCAUGAAGGUCUACAUACACAUUGUGGAGCAGCAGGGCAAGGGCGCUGAGGAGGCGGCCGAGAAUCGUAACUACCUUGCUGCUCGCAUGAGCGAUGAGAUCCAGGAGAUCAUACGCGUCCUACAGCUGACAACCUACGAUGAAGACACUAGCGAGCUGGACAACCUGACGGUGCUGAAGAAGCUCAGCAAUGCUAUCAACAACAAAAUGGAGCUGGCCAAUGAAUGGCUUAGCAAUCCCUAUGCCCUGCGUGGUGGAGUUGGUGAGAAGGCUCUGCGGCAGGUCAUUGAUAAUGCCAACGAGAUUUCGGAGCGCUGUCUACCCCAGGACUCCUAUCCCAUACGGAAACUGGCCGACGAGAUUACCGCAUUGACCAACGGGCUCUGUGAGCUACGCCAGGAAGGUAAGGGCAACUCCCCGCAAGCGGAGUCGCUGGCUCGCGGCAUUCGCGAACGUCUUGGCGAGUUGCAGGGACUCGUCCGCAAGGCUGUCGUUGGUGUGGACAAGGCGGGUGUCCAGCAGACCGCGCACACUAUCCAAGGACGACUCGAACAAGCAGUCAAGUGGUUGCAGCAUCCGGAGAUCAACGACGGUGGUCUGGGUGAGCGGGCAAUCAAUCUGAUCGUAGAGGAGGGACGCAAGGUGGCCGAAGGCUGUCCGGGUCAUCAGAAGGCUGAGAUCAUGCAGUUGUGCGAUGAGGUGGAGCGUCUAAAGCGUCAGGCAGCAGGCACAGGACCCGCCGCCAAGGAAGCAGCUAAGCAGCUGACGCAGAAGCUUUACGAGCUCAAGGCUGCCAUUCAAAAUGCUUUGGUCAAUCGCAUCGUGCAGGACUUCAUGGACGUGAGCACACCCCUGAAGCAGUUCACCGAGGCGGUCAUGCUGCCUGAGGGCACACCCGGCCGUGAACAGAACUUCAAUCAAAAGUCUGCCAACCUACAGGCGUUCAGUGAUCGUGCAUCCAAGACAUCCCGCAUGGUGGCCGCUGGUGGUGCAUGCGGCAACAAGAAGAUUGCCGAGAUUCUGCUCUCCUCGGCCGCCCAGGUGGAUUCUCUGACGCCACAGCUAAUAAAUGCGGGUCGCAUUCGCAUGAACUAUCCAGCCAGUAAGGCGGCCGAUGAGCAUUUGCAGAACCUCAAGCAACAAUACGCCGACACAGUGUUGCGCAUGCGCACCCUUUGCGAUCAGGCCACAGAUCCCGCUGACUUCAUUAAGACCUCUGAGGAGCACAUGCAGGUGUAUGCCAAGCUCUGUGAGGAUGCAAUCCAUGCUCGUCAGCCCCAGAAGAUGGUGGACAAUACCUCGAAUAUUGCGCGUCUAAUUAAUCGUGUCUUAUUGGUGGCCAAACAGGAGGCAGAUAACUCCGAGGAUCCUGUAUUUACGGAACGUCUGAAUGCGGCAGCCAAUCGCUUGGAGCGCUCGUUGCCUGCCAUGGUAGGCGAUGCUAAGCUGGUGGCCACCAAUAUUGCGGAUCCCGCGGCCGCUGCGGCCUGGAAGAGCUCAUUCCAGCGUCUGCUGGGUGAUGUGCGUGAGGUGCGCGAUGCAAUUGCACCACCGGCACCACCACCACUGCCCACAUCACUGCCACCACCAAUACCCGAGCUUAGCGCUCUCCAUCUAUCCAACCAGAAUGCUGAGCGAGCGCCGCCUAGACCGCCACUACCACGUGAGGGUCUUGCACCCGUUCGUCCCCCGCCACCAGAAACAGAUGAUGAGGAUGAGGGCGUUUUCCGAACCAUGCCGCAUGCCAAUCAACCCAUCUUGAUCGCUGCCCGAGGUCUACACCAGGAGGUGCGUCAAUGGUCCUCCAAGGACAACGAAAUCAUUGCCGCUGCCAAGCGUAUGGCCAUUCUGAUGGCACGUCUCAGCGAGUUAGUGCUCUCAGACUCUCGCGGCAGCAAGCGUGAGCUGAUCGCCACGGCCAAGAAGAUCGCAGAGGCCUCUGAGGAUGUGACGCGUUUGGCCAAGGAAUUGGCACGCCAGUGCACCGAUCGUCGCAUACGCACCAACCUGCUGCAGGUAUGCGAGCGUAUACCCACCAUUGGAACACAGCUGAAGAUCCUGUCCACGGUCAAGGCCACCAUGUUGGGUGCACAGGGCUCCGACGAGGAUCGCGAGGCCACCGAAAUGCUGGUGGGAAAUGCCCAGAACCUUAUGCAAAGUGUGAAGGAAACUGUGCGUGCUGCCGAGGGUGCCAGCAUCAAGAUUCGAUCGGAUCAGACAAGCAAUCGCCUGCAAUGGGUGCGCCGCCAGCCCUGGUACCAGUACUAAGCCGAUGCUAUGAUGUACCACUAUUUUCGUGUAACAUAAACUAUCUAAUAUUAAACGCGAUGGACGUCGAAGGUGCUUGCCGGGGCGUCCAUGUUAAAGUUAUCUUAAUAUUAAUAAUUCUUCGAUGUUUUCCACCUAAAUAAGUGCCUUGGAUUAUUUAUUAUGUGCCUCGAAACAAAUCGCCUAUUGUCUUCUCGUCUGCUCUUCCUGUCUAUGUGUUUCUUCCUUUUUGUAACUACAACGAAUUAUUUUUUUUACAUUUUAUUUUAUAAAAGUAAUGUUAAGCGUGCAAUAAAUAUCUGUACAUACAAGUGAAUCAAAACAAAACGAAAGCAUUGAGGGUAGAGAAAUGCGGCAAUUAAGUUUUCUGAAAUUUAAUGAUGUUUUUCUUUAAAUAUUGUAAAUAAAUCCAGAGAAAAUA